GCCUCAGCUGAUGACGUCUUCGCGCUGCCCCCUCCAAGCCUCGAGCCAGAGGCGCCCCAUGUUUUAGUCUCUGCGCUCCUACCUUCGGGCCUAGGACUGCGGUCUUGGUGAGCCAUUCUCCGGCCUGUUCGCGUCGGAGCAGCUGGGGACUGUGCAGCGCCCCGCGUGCCGGUAACUUAAAAUACUCAGAAACUUUCCUAGAACGUCUGCAGAGGAUUCCCUCUACAAGCCUAAUCGAAUCAGACAGAUGGCGACUGGUUCAGAUGACGACGCGGUGCCUGUGCACCCUUUUUCCAGAGAGGCCAAGAGGAUCGUUGCUCUGCCUGCUGCUGACAGACAUCGGCUUGCCCUGGCAAUGCUAUACUCUCCAGAAAUGAGGCGAAAACGAACUAUCAGGACCCUGUGCAUGACUAUCUUAUCUGCUGUUUUCCCAACCUUCAAAGGUCCUGUCGUCAAGGUCACCCCUGUCAUUACUGGAGAAGCAGUUACUUGGCAAAUGCAGUUAUAUGGCACCCCUCAGCUGUCAAUCCCUGAAGUUCCCGAUGAUCCGGAACAUAGGCUUGGAUUAUACCAUGCAACGCUGAACAUUCUCAUCGCCUUGUUCAAGGACUCACGGGACAAUAGCCAUAUGAGGACUGCAGAAAACAGGUUCAAAGCGUUCAAGGUGGCAGUCAAUACAGACAUGGAGCACACACCGUAUCCUGCUAUUAAUGUGUCUGCUUAUGUCAUCUACUUGUCUCUUCAGCCCUGGUGUCAUAGAGUCUUGCGUAGAAUUUUAAGUACCAGAUUCACAGGUCCAGCUGAACAGAUGAUGGUGCAAGUCCAUAUGGUGGCUCGAUGGUCACAGAUGACUACUCUCAGUGCUAUUAAGAGGUUCCUUAACGAGUGUGAUUCGAGCCUGAUCCUAAUACCUGAAGUAAAAGAGGAGAUACCCAAGUUCUAUGAAGCAUAUGAGAGACUUCGUGAAAAAACUGGAGAAUGGUUUCCUUAUGCCAAGGCAAUCAAACACCCUGAAGCCCAGAAGGUGAAGACGGCAGCAUUUCCAAACCUGGCAUCUGCAGCUCUGUACCACGCAGCAGAGACAACACCAACUAUGCGCAACUAUAGAGCAGGGAAACACAUUAGGGGAGGGCUCCCUGAAAGCACACUCAAAAGUGCUUUUGAGCGUAAAAUCUCACGCGAAGAGCGGGCAACACUACACUCCCUAUGCAUCAGCGGUGAGGUGAGUGACCAAGUGUCACAGACACCGACAGAGGCAGAGUCAUCCACGGAUGAUGAUUAAUGAGUUUUUGUUGCUUAAAAAAAAAAUCCGUAACCCCCCCCCCCCAAACAAACAAAUAAGAAACACAAACCCAAAAAAGAAA